UGACAGCCGGCUGAGCCAACCAGCGUGCAGCGGCAGCAUAGCGGGUCGGCGAGACAGGCCGCAGCGUUACUACUCUUGGCUGCAGGUGCAGGCUAAACCAAUAUGAACCCAAUUUAAAUAGACUAAGCAAGUCCACACACAAAGCAUAUGUCUUCACUUCCGGCCGGAUCAGCGGGCAGCAAUCGAUCCAGCGGGGAUCGGGAUUUAUCGCAUCUAGUCUAGACACGAUAAAUCGAUUCCCUGAGUGCUCUCCCGUCGACUCCUGUACUCCAGCUUGUCAAGAGACGCAGGCAGAUUCGACAGGGGAGCAGCACCAAUCGACUCACCGUAGUGAAGAUACUGCGUUUUAGGAAUAUAUUGGAGAAACCAUGGACAUCAACAGGAUGGACAAUCAACCAUGGACAAUCAACAGUGGAAUUUCUCUUCCUGAAAAGAAAAUCAAUUCCUUAGUAGCUGAAGAUCAUGCUCAGCAAAUUCUAAAUGUACUGCAAAAUUUCAGAGAAAAUAAUAUAUUUUUUGACUUUAAAAUACUUGUGAAAGAUGAAAUAAUCCCCUGUCAUCGUUGUGUACUAGCAGCAUGCAGUGACUUUUUCAGAGCCAUGUUUGAGGUUAACAUGAAAGAAAGAGAUGAUGGGAAUGUUACUAUUAGUAAUUUAUCACCCAGUGCGGUGAAGGCUUUUCUCGAUUACGCCUAUACAGGAAAAGCUGAGAUAACAAAUGAUAAUGUGGAAAUGUUCUUCCAGUUAUCAUCAUUUCUUCAAGUUUCACACCUCUCCAAAGCUUGCAGUGAAUUUCUAAUAGAAAGUGUUGAUCUUGGGAACUGUUUACAGUUGUUGUCUAUAUCAGAAAGUUAUGGUUCUGUUCAUUUGUUUGAUCAUGCACUAGAGUUUGUACAGCACUGCUUUUCCUUGCUACUCAAAUCUAGUGAUUUCUUGGAGAUGAAUUUUGAGAUAUUGCAAAAAUGUAUUGAAGCAGAUGAGCUAUAUGUUCCUGAGGAAGAAUCUGUGUUGAAAGCUGUCCUACAGUGGACCAAACAUAAUUUAGAAACAAGACAGAAGCAUCUCCAUCACUUGAUUAAAAAGGUGAGAUUACAUCAGCUACCUGAAAAGACACUGAAGGACUUGUUGCAUUCUGAAGAAUAUUUGCUUCAGAGCACUGACUGCUUAGGAAUAAUCAAUGAUGCAGUUAAAAGUGUACAAAACUCCAGUGGACUAUUUCCAGAUGCUCGUCCUUCAACAACAGAAAAGUAUAUAUUUGUUCACAAGACUGAAGAAAAUGGGGAAAACAGACACACAUUUUGCUAUAAUAUCAAAACUGAUAAAUGGAAAGAACUGCCCCCCACACACAUCAUUGAUCUGCCAGGGUCAAGCUUAUCUAGUUAUGGAGAAAAAAUAUUUAUAACUGGUGGGUGCAAAGGGAACUGCUGUAGGACUGUUAGACUUCAUAUUGCUGAACGCUUUCAUGAUGCCACUGAUCAAACUUGGUGCUACUGUCCAGUCAGCAAUGAUUUCUCCAUAGUGUCAACUAUGAAAAAAACAAGGACUAUGCACACAUCUGUCAUGACUCUAAAUCAGUUAUUUAUAAUAGGUGGAAAGACUAAAGGAACUCAGGACAUCAGAAGUCUUUUGGAUGUGGAAUCUUACAAUCCUCUCUCCAAAGAAUGGAAAUCUGUAAGCCCAUUACCAAGAGGCAUAUACUAUCCAGAAGCAAGUGCAUGUCAAAAUAUAAUUUAUGUCCUUGGUGCUGAAGUAGAGAUUACGGAUGCCUUUAAUCCAUCUCUGGAUUGUUUCUUUAAGUACAAUGCUAUGACUGAUCAGUGGUCUGAGCUUGUAGCAGAGUUUGGGCAGUUUUUUCAUGCAACUUUAAUCAAAGCUGUUCCAGUGAACUGCACAUUGUAUAUAUGUGACCUUUCCACAUACAAGGUUUAUAGUUUUUGUCCAGAAACUUGUGUUUGGAAAGGGGAAGGAUCUUUUGAAUGUGCUGGCUUUAAUGCAGGAGCAGUUGGAAUAGAAGAUAAAAUUUACAUACUAGGUGGUGACUAUGCUCCAGAUGAAAUUACAGAUGAAGUACAAGUCUACCAUAGCAACAGGUCUGAGUGGGAAGAAGUCACACCAAUGCCAAGAGCCUUAACUGAGUUUCAUUGUCAGAUGAUUCAGUUUAAUAAAUACAGAGACCCAUGGUCAUCUGUAAGACCAUGUGCUCUGGAGCAUUUUGAAACAUCGUAAGUUAUAACAGUCUACUUAAAUGCACAAGUAUUUAAAACAUAUUAUUUUUAGCUGUUGCUAUAGUUUUUUGCAAAACAAUUAUAUUAUAUUAUAAACAUGUUCUAUUGAUAACUUAUGUGUAGAAUUGUUUGUUUUUAUGGUAAUCAUGUAUAUCAACUUUUCCUUAGGGUUUAUAUGCAGCUUCUUUUCAGAUGUCAUUUGAAUAAUUUGCAGAGCAACAUUGCUUUUCAAGAAGUACAGUAAUAGGGGUUUAAUUUUGUAAUAUCUAUGCACUGUUACUUAUAUCUUCAUGAAUGCCCCAGUGGACAAAUCACUGAGAAAGAAAAUUGUGUUGAUAUUUUUCCUUCAUAACUAUGGAGUAGAAAUAUGCUGAAUUUUUUGUUUAAUCCUAGCAGAGGAGCUGUAAACAUCAUGUGUCAGUUUACCCUUGCUACAUUGACAGCAGCAAGAGCAAAUGCCAAAAAGGCCUUCACAGUCACAAGGCAUUGACUCUGGAUAUUUAGUGUGAAGGGAAUAAUGAUUUUUACAGUUUUAUUUCAUUGUGGCCUGUUUUCCCUACUCCUGUACUUGCUGUCUUCAUCCUAAAGCUGUUGUCAGACAAUCUCUGAGAUUGACACCAUUCUGUAAGCAAUUGCUGUAUGGUGUGGGAUUCACACAGCAACCUCCUGCACCUUUGCAGAUGGUCAUCUUGGUAGUGUUGCCAAACACAACUAGGCCAAAAGAGCAAGAUUCUUGAGGUUGCUCUCAGACCUAGGACUUCCAUCUGUCAAGUGCUACAUACUACGGCCAUGUGUAUACUACUGGCUGAAUCAGCAUAGCUGUGAUCGAUGCAGUGUAUUGAUUUAGUGAGCCUGGUGAAGAUACGCUAAGUCCAUGGGAAAUUGCUCUCCCAUUGACGUCUGUACUCCACCUCCCCGAAAGGUGGAAGCUAUGUCAACGGGAAAGCGUCUCCCAUCAACAAUAGCACGGUGUAAACACUGCUGUAAAUCGACCUAAGUUACGUUGACUUCAGUUACUUAAUUUACUAAACUGAAGUAACGUAACUUAGAUUGACUUACAGAGUUAGUGUAGACCAGCCCUAAGUCACUGGGCUAGCCUCUGCAGUACUUUGUAUCACAAAUUCUAGAUAUUAUUGCUUCAAUUAACUAAAUUGGAAAUGUGUGUGUUUCAGUGUAUAUAAAAUACCAAAUACAGUACUGAAAAAUACCCCAAACCCCACACUUUUAAAAUCAAAGUAGACAAGUAUUUCUAAAGUCAAGUAAUGGAUUUUUUAAAAAAAAGUUGUAAAUAGUCCGUGUUUUAACUGAACUAAAAGACACUUCAAGAUAUGUACUUUCACUUCGUACCUCACAGUCCACCUUAGGUGUAGAAGUACUAUAUGGUAACCACUAGACUAAGUAUAUUGCUUGGAUUUUUUAACAUAGUAACCUAUUAUAAUAAGAAUGUUAAACUUGCAAUGGAUUUUUAGUAUUACUAUUAAUCUACAUACAGUUUCUGGGGCAAAUUUAGCCCCCCACCUCCAAAGUGGAUCUUUCACAGAGGAAGAGGUGCUAAUUAGGGUUGCUAGGUUCCACGCACAGAGACAAGCAUGGGAAGAUUGGAAAUAAGGAAGGGAGACAGACAUCUGUCCUGUGGAGGGGUACUGGCCUGAAAGUAGCCUUCACAGAAGGGUUCUGUAAUUUUCCACAACAUGGGUUGGAAAGAUUCCUUUUCUUCCCAGUACUCGGCCCAGCUACUUGGGCCGAGCAUUGGGGUCUGAAUUUGCCCUAAUGAAUAAUGUAUACUACAGUGACAAUAUAUUUGAAACAGUAAACUCAUGCUAUGCUAGACAGAAUUAUACUAAGCAUUUGGCUAUAGCAUGUACCCUGCUUAAGCAAUGUAAAAAAAAUUAAAAUUCCAGGGGGAAAAGCUAUAGAAAUCUUUUCUGAUAGUUGAGACUAUCUGGAUGAUUUUAGAAAAUACCACAUGUGCAUUGGGCUGGCAUUUUGGAAAAGUCAAGUCAGUAUUGUCUGGAAUUGACUCUCUUUGUGGCUAUUAUUUGUGGCUAAUAUUUCUGUUUCAAACACUCUACAGUAUAAGGCCCCGAUCCUGCAAUUGGCUACGCAAACACACCAUUGAAGUCAGUGGGGCUCUGUGCUGGUGAAUAGGUCUGCCCACCUGAGCCUUAUAGGAUUGGGACUUAACACAGGUAGUUCACAGAUCUAUAUUAAUAUUUUUAGUGCAGUGCUAACUGCAAAAAAGAGCAGGGCAAAAGCAGAAUCUUAUGCUUUCAUGCACACAUCCUAGUGAAAGUGUUUUCCAGAAGUGCCUAAUAUACACUGUCUUUCUCUAAUAUUUGAGAUGGCAGAAAUAAGAUUUUAAUUCUUCAGUUGGAUUCCUGUGAUUUUAGUGAGACACAGUGCAUGUGACUAUAGAAUGGUUAAACCUUCCAGAUCCCCAUGAGUUUAGCUGCAAUUGACAUCUCCCAUAUGUGCAGUCCAUAAUGGCCACUUUUAACCUAACAUAUCAGUCUUAGAUCAAGAUUGCACCGGUCAGUGCCAGGUAUUCUCAGAUGUUACCUGCUCUAUUACAAGGAAAUAAAGACAAAAACAAAAAUAGCACUGGCUUAAUAAUUUGGUAUCAGGCAGCUAUAUGAAGUUAGCCAACAUUUACCAAGAUGACUUUCAUAAGAACGUAAGUGAAAUUUUGUAAAUUUAAAGAGCCUGUUCUUUAAAUAAAUCUGUAGUUUGUAAUAAGGUUUAGGUCAAAUUCUGUUAACAAAAAAUAGUAAACAGUUUGCUAUUGAUAUCAAGACAUUUUAGUGUUAAGAAGGUAACAUCUACUUUUAUACUACUUUUUCCCCUAGAUAAUCCCCAAAUUAUUUACAGACUAUGCUUAAAUAUGAUGUAGUUCACAAUCCUCCCACUGAAAGCAACUGUCACUUGGGUUAGAACACAGCUGUUUCUUCUUAAUGGAAAGCAAAUGUUCAGAACAAUUCAGAAAAAGUGAAAAGUAUCAAAAUGAAACCACAAGAAAAAAAUGUAAGUAACUAUAUAGUAUAAUAACCCAGUGUCAAAGUUAGACUCAGGACUCACAGUUUGUCAGACCACUCUGUUUUAUUAGCACAGCGCUCUGCUAAUAACAUCCGGAUAAUGUGAGCACCAUGCAAGACACAAACUAUCUUAUUUUUACAGAUAAAAGAGCGGGAAUUAGACAAAGGGACAAAGAAAGCAAAACAGUAGAUUUCACCUGGGGCACAGCAUGCAUAUCCUACUUCCUUACUAACUCUUAUCGAUCUAAGGCUAAUACUGCACAAAUUGCCCUUAAAUGGUGCAAUUGUUCUAUGUUAAUGUCUGUAUUCCUGACACCUGGAUUGCAGCAUUCCAACAAUUUUGCUUAAAGGUACAGACAGCAUUUCUUUAAUCCUUUCUAUUUUCACAAUAUAAUUCAUUCUACUUUCACACCAGUUUCAAAUUUGAUCAGGACACUGAAGCUAACUCUACUAUUCUUGCAAAAUCUAGGGUGGAGUCUUACUAACCAUGAGUUUUUACAACUUAAUUGUCACUUAUCAAAAAUACAGGGCUUCAUUCUCCACUGCUUUGUCCUUGUGUAGUAGUUUACACUCAUGUAAAGUGAGUAAAAUUGAAAAUGCUAUGACAUGUUGGAUGUGCAGUUAUCAAGGUGUAAAUGACAGGUUCAAGGAAAUAGAGAAUCAGGCCCAUAGUAUUUUUAACUAUCACCAUCACUAGCAACUUUGUGGGUUACAAUCAGCAUAGAGUCAGGGGAAAGAACGACACCAACUGAAUCACAAAUAGUGUUUGUUAUAGCAAUCUGACUUUCCUCUGAGGUCUUCUAUCCAAGCACUGUUUAGGCCUAAUCCUGUUUUCCUUUGGGCACCUGAUGGAAUCAUAACCCAUGGUAAAACUCUUGCCAUUAUUUAUAUCUGUAUUUCAUCAAAUAUAUAUAUAGUAAUGCUUCACUCAGAUUUUUAUUUUGAAAUAGAUAUGUUCCUUUAAUUUUUUCUUAAAGUUGUGCUACAUUUUGCAUAUCUAACAAUGACUAAGAAAUGUCUUUAAAUCCAAUAAAAUAUCUGUAAACAAAACCUA